AGUGCGUGACGUCAUCAGUGCGCGUUUGCAAUCAGGAGGAGGGACUGUGCGGUUGCACGUUGAUGUAUAUUAGCAUUUUCCAUCGGUUAUUUCAUUCUGUGUUAAAAACGGAACGUAGAAAUGUCCGUGACAGAGAUGUUCAGUUAUAUUCAGGGUUUUCUAAGCGCGGACCAGGAUGUUAGGGAGGACAUCCGUAAAGUGGUCCAGACUUUGGAGCAAACGGCCAGAGAGAUCCUGACGGUCCUGCAGAGUGUCCACCAGCCCACAGGCUUCAAGGAGAUUCCCAGUAAAUGCAUGAAGGCCAGAGAGUUGUUCCACACAGUCCGGACGCAGUUAUCAGAGCUUAAAACUAAAUUUCCUGUGGAGCAGUAUUACAGGUUCCACGAGCACUGGCGGUUUGUGCUGCAGCGGCUCACGUUCUUGGCAGCGUUUGUUGUUUAUCUGGAGUCCGAGACUUUGGUGACACGAGAAGAGGCUGCUCAGAUCCUCGGCAUCGAGGUGGUCCGAGAGAAGGGCUUUCAUCUGGACAUAGAGGACUAUUUGGCUGGAGUCUUAAUCAUGGCCAGUGAAUUGUCCCGCCUCGCCGUAAACAGCGUCACGGCCGGAGACUACACUCGCCCGAUUCGAAUCUCAAACUUCAUCAACGAACUGGACUCUGGUUUUCGGCUCCUGAAUUUGAAAAACGACCCUUUGCGAAAACGCUAUGACGGCCUCAAAUAUGAUGUAAAGAAAAUUGAAGAGGUGGUUUAUGAUUUGUCCAUUCGCGGCUUGGCAAAAGAAGCAGAGACUGAAGCCAAUAAGUAGUGACUGAAACCGGACACUGGUUUUUGGGGUUUAAACAUUUUUCUAUGGGCACAGCCUGGACUUAAAGGCUAUGUACAACCUGAAAUAAAUGAGUUGGGCUUAGAAGUUAUACAAGAUUUCUAAUUAGAGGUGGGCGAUAUUGACAAAAUGAAUACCACCAUUUUAUUUUUUAUUUAGUGUUUUUGAUUGUUCUGACGACAAAUUGUAUUUGGGCAAUCUAUGAGAAAUGUGCUUAACAGACUUGUAAAUAUCUACUGAGGUUCAAGUAAUAGUAUUAAGUAAACAGUAAAACACAAAAGUUGCAGAAAUCUUAUACAGGUAAGAUGACACUACUUUUUUUUUUUUUUUCCUGUAAAUUUUUAUCAACAGUCUGUGCAGCUCUUUGACAGUGUUCUUUCAGACCACAUACUCUGUAUUUUUAUUUUGAAAACAAAACCUUUUGACAUAUUGCCCACCUUUAAUGUUAAUCAGCCUUGUUUUUAAAGGUAAAGUGAGUAGUUCUUGGUCACAUAUUUUGGGCAAUAAUUGCACUUAUUUUUGCAUUCCUCCAUUUUUGACAGCGAACUUUGAUGGUGAUGUGGAGUUUUGCUAGACAUAAUACACAGUCAAAUCAACAAUUAGUCACAUUCAAGUGAUUGGAAAUAAAUAUUGAAAAAUGGAAAGUAAUAUAAGUAUUGUUACGGGUUAAGUAAUGCAUUUCUAUUUGCAACAAUUACGCAGUCCAGUAAGCCACUUUGAAUACAUCUGGUUUAAUGCUUAUAAACAAAACAAAUAUUUAAACUAUAUAAUUCCACUUGAAUCUGGAACAUUCUGAAUUUAUUUGGUACUGGCAGUUCUUCUUCCUCCUACUAUAGAUCUUGAAAAGAUGUAUAGUAGACCCAAUUACAAAUUACUCAAAAUGCAUUGGAUUUCAAAGUCAUCCUAGAAAUUGGCACUAGUAACCUGUUUAAACUUGUUUGUGUUUGAAAGACGUGGUAACUGUUUGAGCUACAAAGAAGAGAAUGGGGUCUUGAACUGCCACUUUAGUUUUCACCACCAGAUGUCACAAAAACCAACUCACUUUCCCUUUAAACGCCUCUGUGCUAACUACUAAUCAAGUUGACUGUAUGGCCCAUUGCUCAUUAAAGGGGCUACAGCUACAUGUUACAAGCUUAAAGGUAAUAUAUUUUGCAAAACGUAUGCAAAACAUGGGGUUUUCUCAUCAAAAACUUACCUGGAGUUUUUGUUCAAGUUGGGCAUUACGCAAAAUAGACAUUUUGGAGCUUUCAACCAUGAUAUAAUGAUAUAAAAAAAAAAUAACAUGGUGAUUUAAAUAUGUUGUGUUAGCAGUUAAUACCCAAUUGAAGUUUAACUUUAAAGUCAAUUUUAAAAAUCCAGAAAUCUUGCAUAAUAUAGGACCUUUAAUAAGUUGUGCUGCAGUUUGCUCUAUGAGGAGGUUUUGUUUAACCUCCUUUUAAGAUUGUAGCUUGUAUUGAGUUAUUCUAAGUGUUUUUUGUUUACAGUUUUGACAAAACUGCAUAUCAAUAUUUCCUCAUUUUGGAGUUGUCAGCCAUUAUUGACCUAUUUUCUGUGUUCACCUCAUUCUGUAUUAUCAAGCUAUAAUGCUGCAUUUUGUAUGUGUAUUACUGUUGUCAAAUGCAUUCAAACGGGCUAAGCGUCCAAAGGCCUCAUUUAAAGCUAGAAAAUGUCUGACUUUAAUAAUGCAAUAAUUGAAAUGUUAUAAUUUCUAUUUUGAAAGGUAGCAUUGAUUUGAUUUAAAUAUGCAUGAAGGCUUUUCUCUAAAUGGGGCACUUGGAAAAUUUAAGCCAAAGAAUAAAAAAAAAUAAGAAGCACUUUGUGAAGUUGAAGCUGUUAAAAUUGUGCCAAUUCUUAAAAAGCAUUUUCACAUUUUCUAAGCUGUGUUUCUUUGAGUGAAGUUAGAUUUUUUUGGAGUAAAUUUUUUGCAGAAUUUUGCUACUAAAGUGCAUGGAGCAGUAAUUGUUUUCAGAUGUUGUGAAGCAAUGUUAGUCAUUUGCAACCAUGUUUGUAGUUUCAUGAAAAAGACAAUGUAAAGGUGUAUUUUUGAUUUUGUAUAAAAAAAUACUCUUUA